GGUUCUGAAUUAUCUGUAUUCAUUCUCGAUGACGUUGGAUGCUCAACAUACAGCAGGUUCAUUCCCUGUGUCCCAAUGCUUAAUAGAGUUGAAACUGGAAUCUCUGUCAUGUUAAACGGAUGACCUUGUUGAAGACGAUCGAGUUCCUCAGUAGCUACUCCUGCACUUCAGACGAUAAUAUAUAUAUAUACAUAAUUACUGCAGGAGAUAAAGCUUAAUUGGAGUGUGUUAAGAUUUGAACUUUAGAAUGGACAAUAGAGGGAAGGUUUUGAUGAAAAAGUACGAGGUCGGAAGAUUUUUAGGACAAGGAAACUUUGCCAAAGUUUACCAUGCAAGGAACAUCGAAACCAGCAAGAGUGUGGCAGUUAAGGUCAUUGACAAGGAGAAGGUUUUGAAAGCAGGGAUGAUCGAUCAAACAAAGAGGGAGAUAUCGGGCAUGUGCCUGGUUAAACACGCCAAUAUCUUGGAGCUUUAUGAGAUGAUGGCUAGCAAGACCAAGAUUUACUUUGUUAUGGAAUAUGCCAAAGGUGGUGAGCUCUUCAACAAGUUAUCAAAAGGGAAGUUGAGAGAAGACUUGGCAAGGAAGUAUUUCCAACAACUCAUCAGUGCUGUUGAUUUUUGCCACAGCCGAGGUGUUUAUCAUCGGGAUUUGAAGCUCGAAAACAUACUCCUUGAUGAAAAUGGGAUUCUUAAAGUAUCGGAUUUCGGUUUGAGUGCCCUUGCCGAGUGUAAGCAUAAAGAUGGGUUACUCCACACAGCUUGUGGAACCCCUGCCUAUGUAGCUCCUGAGGUUUUAAACGGCAAGGGUUACGAUGGAGCCAAAGCUGAUAUCUGGUCAUGUGGGGUGAUCCUCUAUGUUAUGCUGGCUGGAUAUCUUCCAUUUCAUGAUACCAGUCUAAUAUCAAUCUACAGGAAAAUAUGCAAGGCGGACUACAAAUUUCCUAACUGGUUUUCACCUGAAGUCACCAAACUGCUGUCAAGAAUCCUCACCCCGAAUCCUAAAUCUAGGAUUUCAAUCGCAAAAAUAAUGACAAAUCCGUGGUUCAGAAAGGGAUUUAUUAACUCGAAACCAGUUGAUAUUGAUGCAGUUUUUAGUUGUGAGACUAACUACAACGCAUUUGAAGUCACUAAUUUGAAUGCCUUUGACAUUAUUUCUCUAUCAAGCGGGCUAGAUUUGUCCGGACUAUUUGUAGAAAAUGAAGAAAAGAAGGAAGUUCAAUUUACUUCAACGCAUCCGUUCUCUGCCAUAACAUCUAAACUAGAGGACAUUGCUCAGAACUUGAAGUUGAGAGUUGAGAAGCAUGAUGGGGUGAUGAAAAUGGAAGGACCGGGUGAAGGUCGAAGAGGAACAUUGGCUAUCGAGGCAGAGAUAUUCGAGUUUACACCGUCUUUCCACUUGGUAGAGCUGAGGAAAUCCAGUGGUGACACAUUGGAGUUUCAAAAGAGAUUAAAACAGGAUGUUAGACCAGCUCUGAAGGACAUUGUCUGGGCUUGGCAAGGUCAGGCGUCCUAACCGUAUUCAAGUUUAUUUGCAGAAUUUAAUGUUCAUCUUUGUCCAAUCAUUGUUUGGCAAUUCAAAG